AGACAAAAACUACAUUAACCACAACCGUGGAGCUUUGUGUUCAUGCUGUCGACACUAGACAGCAGUGGUUGCGGAGCUUUCAGAGAAUGAAAACACACGAAAAUGGGCUGCGUUUGUGAUAUUGUAUAGCUAACUAGCAAAUAGUUUACGUUUCCCACUAUUUAUCAUUUAGGAGGGAUAUUAUUGAGGAGGGAUACCAGAAAAGUUGCUAACAACGGUCGCAGUCCGUUAGCUAAACCGCAGACGGGAUGUAACGUAAAUGCAGACUGGACCAGCCGCAGGAGCCGGUAGCAGCAGGCAGUCACACCCUUGUCUGGAGACACUGGAGGAGCCCUGUCUGCCGAGCAACAAGAAACUGCUAUCCUUCGUAUGUUGAGAUGUGUUGUAACCUUAUAGCUAUAGCCUCAGAAGUCUGAAUUGGAUAUUAAGUUGACGGGGGGAGUGUGGACAGGAUAUGACUGACUCAUCAUCAUGGCACGGACAGAGAUAACCCUGACCAGUCUGUCUGCUGCAGAGCCAACCAGACAGCAUCACAACUAGCAAGAAAGUUGUUUAUUAGCUGUUUUAUUAUUAUUAUCCCCACCACUCUCUACUGUGGCAUAAUGAAUACGCCGGUGUACACCUUUGUCACCCGUGACGACAACAGCACUGUUUAUGCAGAAGUUUCCAAAAUCCUCCUCUCGACUGGACAGUGGAAGAGGCUGAAAAGAGACAAUCCCAGAUUCAACUUGAUGCUUGGUGAACGGAACAGAUUACCCUUUGGACGUCUAGGUCAUGAACCAGGACUGGUGCAGCUGGUGAAUUACUACAGAGGAGCAGACAAGCUUUGCAGGAAGGCGUCUUUGGUCAAGCUAAUAAAGACCAGCCCAGAGCUGUCCGACUCCUCUAACUGGUUUCCAGAAUCCUACAUCAUCUAUCCCACUAACCUCAACACCCCCGUCGCUCCGGCUACAAACGGCAUCAGCCAUCUGAAAAACAAUCCCAAGACUGACGAGCGAGAAGUUUUCUUGGCCUCCUAUCACUCUAAAAAAGAAAGUGGGGAGGGGACAGUGUGGAUAGCCAAGUCGUCUGCUGGAGCUAAAGGUGCUGGUAUUUUGAUAUCCCAUGAUGCUAAUCAACUGCUGGAGUAUAUUGACAAUCAGGGACAAGUUCAUGUUAUUCAGAAGUACCUGGAGAAACCUCUUCUUCUGGAGCCGGGACAUAGGAAGUUUGACAUCAGGAGCUGGGUGCUUGUAGAUCAUCAGUACAACAUCUAUUUAUACCGGGAGGGCGUGCUGCGGACUUCCUCCGAGCCCUACAACAGCUCCGACCUCCAGGACAUGACCAGCCACCUGACCAACCACUGCAUCCAGAAGGAGCACUCGCAGAACUACGGACGAUACGAGGAGGGGAACGAGAUGUUCUUUGAUGAGUUCAGGCUGUACCUGCUGAACACUCACAAUGUCACCCUGGAGACCACCAUAUUGUCUCAGAUCAAGCAGAUCAUAAAGAGCUGUCUGUCAUGUAUCGAGCCGGCGAUCAGCACCAAGCACCUGUCUUAUCAGAGCUUCCAGCUCUUUGGAUUUGAUUUCAUGGUGGACGAGAGCUUCAAAGUGUGGCUCAUUGAGAUCAAUGGAGCUCCAGCCUGUGCACAGAAACUAUACCCAGAGCUCUGUCAGGGUAUAGUGGACGUGGCUAUUUCCAGCUUAUUCACCAUGAACAACGGCGGCGACCCUUCCUCAGCUUCCUCUUCACCUUACUCCUCCUCCCCAUCCUCCACGUUCACCACCAACUCCACCAACUGCUCCUCUCCCAAACUGAGAGGUCCCCUCCACGUGGGCCCUUUCACUCGACUGUAAGCACACGCUCAAAUAUUCCUCCCGUCUCCUCUAUACUAGAAGCUUCUUCCAUGCUCUGUCCUCACUCCUAAACUCCACCUGAGAAGUAGCACAUGCCUUUUAAUUGUACCUCGCCCGUCACACCUGGAGCGAGUCUCGCUUUUUAUGGAAAUCACUGAUCUGCAGAAAUGAUCUCUGCUCUCCUGAUUAUGCAUAUUAUGAAUCUGAGGAAGCGACAAACUUUCUGGGAGUUUCCAAAUGAGGACAGAUGCCCUUCCAUCUCAGUUCCACCACCACCUGUUUCUCCCCAAAUAGAUUCAUGAAUGGAGGUCUGAAGGAUGCAGAGACGCUCCAACUGAGACUGUAGUGCCUUACAUUUCCAACCAUGCUCCCUUAAAAAGACUGCCAGUUAGCUUGCUCUAUUACUGUGACUUGUACUUGUUCUAAAAGCCUUUGCACUGUUGCUGAAUACAUCCAUACAUCUAUUCAGUCAGGUCAGUCCACAAGAAUUAGCAUAAAAUAGACACCUUGUUAUUUGAGCUCUUAGUGAAUUUGUGGGAUUUUGAAUGCUAAUUUUCUCAUCAGACACUUUUUUUCUUAUUUUUAAUUUUUUUUUUUAAUUUCAGCUUGCCUGCAGCGACCUAUACACAUUGUUUUCAAUGAGGAAUGCUAGCAGUAAAGAAGCUAUGAUGGAUAUGAUUAAACUUGUAAAGACUAACGUACUAACCUAACGUGUCUGAUGAGAUAAACAUUCAAGAUGUCAAGAUCAACAUUGCUCUUAACCGGAGUGUUUGGACACUACAUAUUAUUAACAUUGAGGACAACGGGGGGGCAUUAGUGAGCAGGGAGGCCGUCCUUCAGCUGGGAAACCCAGGUUUAAUCCCGUCCCAACAAGCUCUGCUAAAGUGUUCGUGACCUUUGACCUUUCUAUUGCAGUGAUGGAAAAUCUAAAAUGAAGUAUUAGCCUCUGUUCUCAACUCUUUCCAGCCGAAGACAUCUUGAGGUUUUAUUUUUCAUUAGGAAGAGAGCAUGUUUGUGUGAAAGCAUGUAGGCGUUUGCAUCCUCAUACACAUCCACACAGCACCGUUUGCCCUAACGUCUGUUUUUUUUUUUUCCUGAUCUAUGAAAAGCUAGACUGUAAUUGUAAAGUGUCGUCAACAUGUGUGUGGAUUUUUGAACUGUCGAAAUGAAAUUAGAGUAGAUUGUACAAAGUGUGUUACUACGGCCCCAUGAAAUGAAACUUCACAUCAUAAACAACAUUUUUGUUCAAAGGAAAUCUGAUAAUGACAAAAAACAUGCCCUCAUUCAUACUUCAUACACUACUCUUAUAAUCAUUCUGUGUCAAAUUGUGUUUUUACCAAAGAGAAGUCAGUGGCAACCAGAAAGUCACAGUAUACAGACACUAAUCUUCAUCUCGUCACUGCCUCUUCUUCGGUUACUGCUGGUGUUUGAUCAUGUCACCAACUGGCUUUUUAAAAAACUGUUAUCAAGGUUUCACAUCAUGGAUGACUGAUUUUUUUUUCAGUUUCAUGGGGUCCCUAAACUAUUUUACUUCUCUGCUUUUGUUUUGACUGUCGGUCUCUUUGUGAAUAGAUGAGACCUGAGAGGUGUAGCUCUCCUAGAUGACUUGUGUCCAAUCUUAUUAUGUUACUGUUUGUUGAAAAAGGAAUGCAAACUUGUUUCUGUAGACAUGAAACUUUCAAAUAGCUUGACUUUUGUGACAGUUGGGUAGUUUCCUGCUCCUCAGUGGCGACUGUUCCCACUGAAGUUCAACUUUAGCGUGCUCAUUUAGCUUCAGAGUAAGUCGUUACAGCAGUUUUAGUAGGUAGGUGUGUCAUAAUUUCACUAUCCCUGCUGUUCCUCUGUUUUAACCUCAUUUCAUAUGUGUGGAGACUUUGUUUCUCGUGUCUUGAGUUUCAUAAGUUAAGGGACAUCAUAAGAGCAUUUAUUUAUGUUUUAAUCACUGUGUAUUUGUGUUUACAAGUUAACUCUGAGGAAUGAAGGAUGUGUAAGUGGCUGACAACAAUAAGUUGUGUCUGUGUGAUGUGCUGAAUGUCAGGAAGAUGGAAUAGUUACAGGGCAGGUUACACCGACAUGAAUUCAUUAUUAUUCUAUGAAAGCAAAUAUGAAUCAAUUUCUGUUGUGCUCAGUAUUACAGAGCCCUGUUGUAGCUGAAAAAAAGGUUUGGAAAGAUAUAAUAUAAUGUAAGUAGAUAAUGUCAUGAUUGUGUUGACAGAUGGGAUACAGGUGUGACUGCUGAUUUUUGGAAAUAUCAAAAGCAAACUUUCAGUAUUUUUUUUAAUUAAAUUUGUAGGGAAAUGUCUUUCCAUCAAAGGGAAGGGUGCCUUAGAGGGAGUUGCAUAUUGAUAAAAAGAAGCAAUGGACCUCCAGCAUUUAAAUGCACCUUCAUUUGUUUGUUUGUAUUGAAGUGAAUUUGCCUCAUUCAUUUUUAGACCUUUAGACUUUUAAAUUCAAUGAUGUCGUUUCCUCUUAUUCAGAGUUUCUUUGCACAUCAUUUUUUAUCAUGUUUCUUCUCAUGUGUUUCAUAUUCCUAUUUUGAUGUUUCCUAGAUUUCCUCAUUUUUACCAAAGAUAAAACUCCUGCUGUAUUUUCAGUGUCUAAUAAUGUUUUGUAGUUGCUAUAAUCUGGACAUUAUCUCAUUAAUUGGCCAACAUGAUCUAAAAGCAAGUGUCAUAUUCAGAGGGAUGUACGUGUUGUGUUUUUGUUAGGUGAUGUUUUAUCCAGAAUCUUGCAUGAGCAUUUGUCUUUAUCAGAAACAAUAUUACUAGAAUAAAAUAUUAUGACCAUUAUCGAGCUUCUGUCAUGCAUAUUUCUACACUAGGUGGUCUACUUGACUCAGUCGGCAAAGACCAACUCUGAUACUUAUCUUCUCAUCAAAAAGGAAAACAAAACUACUUUUCCAAAAGGUUCAACUAUUUCUUUAAUAUCCGUAUAGUUCUUCUGGCUACCAAGCAACACUGAACAAGAUGAAGGAAGUCUAGUUUAUCUGGACUGUGAGCUUGUGGAUAAGAAACUGAAAAACAGGAACAUGUAAAGGUUGAUGUGAUACAACAGUCCUGUAAUAAAUGUUCAGUUUUUGCUUCAA